GGAUGUAAGUCCGGAUCUUUCCCUCUGUCGCAUCGCUACGUGAUUCAUCCUACCACAUCCGUUGUGCCUAUUCGAUACAAAACCAAGCCGUCCUGAUGAAAAGGCAUCGUUUUCACAUGCCUGAAUGGAUUUGUUUCCUCUAAUUCGUGAUAUCAUCAAGUUUUGACCCUAUUUUCCUUCUUGCUUUGUUCUACCAGCAUCCUCAAUUUCUAUUUUCAUCUUCCAAUCUAAAGACUUCUGUCGAUGGCCCUUGCAGACCAACCCCGUGAGACCGACCCGGAGGCGGAGACCGGCGAACCAUGGGACUUUCCUACUCUGACACCGGAAAACUUCAGCGGGAGUCCCCAAAGGCGAAAACAACCGCAGGAUCCUCUUGCUGUGCAAUUAUCCUUGGCGGAGGCGUUCAAAAAUUAUGAUCAGGUUUUACUCUUCCUGGAGCAAGAUGGGCGACUAGAGUCAAUAUUACGAAAACUCGCAUUCCAUGAGCUUUUGAGCGAUCGCCAACGGCAUGAAUUUUCCUUACCUGACCCUGACAAACGAAAUCCUGGCCGAUUUCUUCGCUUUCUUACUGCUGCUGAUGCUUCUGCCCUUCUUGCGGGCGUUGUCAUCUUGAUGGGCGCGGACCCGGUUGGCAGAUUACUUCUUCGUCUGGAUGAUCCACGUGUUCAAACUUUGCUGAAGCAGUCGAAGGGGUUUGAUAGGCCAGUAAACUCACCUAAAAGCCCUUACACCGACUUCUAUGAGAUAACACGAGUCCAACUUUUGAGAAGCCCACCACCACCCUUAAGGUUUUCUCCAGCUCCAACUCAGCCUAUGGUGUUGCGCUCUCCUCCAAGCACCCCAACACCUGCAUACUUUGCGCAACUUACCUCCCCAGAAGAGCCCCUCAGCCCUAGUUCUUUAAAGGGCGAGAUGCAUGAUAUCCCUGAAUUACCCAUUCACAAUAUUCCGGAUGAAGCUUCAGAAGAACAACAAUUCCCCUUCAGCGUCAUUCGGGACAUUGAGCUCAGUGGGGCGCGAGUGAUCCUGACUCGGACACAUACCCUCUAUCGAGAUUCUUCCAGCCGCUGCUUUGUUGCGUUCAAUAUUGUCUUCCAACCCAGACAAGAUCGUUUCCGUACUGCAGAAAUCUCGAUGACUUUUCUUCCCAUCGCUGGAAUCAAACAACAUCCUGUCAUCUUGAACAUUUUUCCCAACCCGAAUCAACGUUGGUCCACAGGCCCUUCAUGUGACCUUAUUUCGAAUGCAAGAAAGAACAUCAAUCUGAUGGUGGGAACUGCUACUCCGGUUGCCGCGAAUGUCAGCGCAAAUCUUGGUUUGGAAAAGUCGACCGAGAUUAAAUCAGCUUCGAACUCCAGCCUCACUGCAGCCGGAGUUGCUACAUCCAAACUUACGAUCUCAUUAUCGGAAAGUCGUGCUGGAGAUGGGAUAAUAUACAGCUUUGCAUUCGCCGUUGUUCUGGAUUUGAGGACUCAGAGCAAACCUGAUUUUUCCGCUAACUUGCGGAUAAAUUGGCAAUUGGGCAAUCGAAGCUGGUUCCCCCGACAUCGAUUCUCGAUUUCAGAGGAGGUUGCCUUCAGCAAGCAGACAGAGCUGGAUGGGGGCGACUCUCCUUCGAUUUCGUCAAGGCACAUGGAUGGACAUGUACUGCGUCAACUCUCGCUACAUCCUUCCUAAGAAAUAAAAGCCAUCUCGAAAUCAAGC